AAAAUAAUCAUCACAGUGACAAAAACAAAUUUCAAAAUAAAAUUCGCUUAUUAGUGAUGUUGGCUAUUUUAGCAUUCAUGGUUUUAGUGAUCAGCUUGCAAGUGGAGUCAGUUAGUUUCGAUGAUUUAAAAGAGCAAGUGAGAUCACUAGUGUCCAAAGUCGUCAAUGUUGGACCUAUAAGCUGUUAUACGUGUAUUGGCUGUGAAAAAGUGGAUAGUAGUACGCCGAAGAAAUCGAAUUGUCCAGCUUGCAUCAAAGCUGUUUUGACAACUCCAUUCAGACAUGUUUCAAGAGGAUGUACACCAUCAUGCAAAGAACUUCCACGCCAGCAAGGUCUUGAAUUGAACUGUUGUGAAUCUGAACUGUGCAAUUCAACAUCACAGAUAAAAUCAAACCUUAAACUGAUUUGUUUCACUCUUUUAGUUUUCAUCACCACUAAAUCUAUUUAUAAAGUUUAACAAUUAUUUUAUUAUUUUUGUGUAUGUCAGUUAACUCUUACAUUUAAUGAGUAACCAUUAUGUUUUAUAGUUUUCCCCUUCACAAUUGAAUAUUCAUUGUUACUUCAUAUGGAAAUACAUCUUCGAAAGAAGUAAGACUUAUUUUUCCAUAGGAAAUACCAUCAAUCUGAUGAAAUGUAAACUAACUGUUAUAAAACCUUCAAAUAAAACUGAUUUUUCAUUGUUGUAUCAUUCAGACACGACGAGCUACCAAACAUGAUAAAAAUCGAAAC